CAAGAACACAUUCAAAGAUUCAACCCCCAUUCAAACAUCUUGUCAACAGCUGUCAAUCACAACGUUGAUACAUCAAUACCACACAAUUCCAACCUCAUCCUCAACCUCAACCUCAAUCUCAACCAAAGAAAACAACUUGAAAAUGUGCACUUCAACUUCCACCGGCCUCGUCAACCGCAACGGCCCUGGCUCCGCAGCCUCAUCUACCAUCUCCGACAUCGUUAAGGGUACCAGUACAACAGGAAAGACAAAGUGCUUGGAGUGUGAUGGAUAUGAAUGCUGUUGUAUUCCUAUUCCUUGCACUGUUAUGUGAGGUGCUGGAAGCCGAUUGGGAUGAUGGAGAGUCGAUCAAGGGGCGAUGACAACGUUUUCCUGAGAUGCUAGGGAUGGAAGGGAUGGAUUUUGGAAUACCACAUGGAGAUGAGCGAUCGUUGACGUGGAUUUGGACUUUUACUGGUGUUUGGGAA